AUGCCUCAUAAUAUUGAAGCACCCGAGUAUCAUUUGAGCAGUGCAGGUGUUACAAGAAGAGCAUCUGUAGCUCCAACAAUAACCAGUAACACAUUCAGCAGUAAAGAAGAAGAAAAAGAAGCACGCUUUCCUGAAACUCAUGAUUCUGCAUCAGAACAUACAAUUGCAGAAAAUACACCUAAAGCACCCAAUCUCUUUGUUGUAUUCAGUGGUCUUCAAAUUGCCUUAUUUUUAGCUGCUCUUGAUGGAACUAUUGUCGCAACAGCGUUACCUCGUAUCGGAUCUGAAUUCAAUCAAAUGACCAUUGUCUCUUGGGUUGCUACGGCCUAUAUCUUGACAUUUGAUGCGUUUCAGCCACUUUUUUCCAAAUUCUCAGAUAUUUUUGGAAGAAAACUUAUUCUCAUGGUCGGUAUCGUUAUUUUCCUGUUUGGCUCUUUGCUUUGCGGUGUAGCCACGUCAAUGAUCAUGUUAAUUAUUUUUAGAGCAGUAGCAGGUAUCGGAGCCGCCGCUAUUUUCUCAAUGGUGUUUAUCAUCAUCUCUGAUUUAGUCCCAAUUGAAAAAAGAGGAAGCUAUCAAGGCGUUGUAAACUCUGUGUUUGCCUUGUCCAGUGUUUGUGGACCCUUAAUUGGAGGAAGUUUUACCGAUUACGUAACAUGGCGCUGGAAUUUUUAUAUCAACCUGCCUAUCGGUGCGGUUGCUAUGGUACUUUUGUUUUUCUAUUUGAGAUUACCUUCACCAACAGGUGGAUUGAAGGAAAAGAUAAAACGUAUUGAUUUCAUGGGUACAAUCAUUGUUCUUGCAUUUGCCACACUCUUUUUGGUAGCUAUGAAUUUCGGCGGUCAAGCUUACCCUUGGAAAUCAGCUGCUGUUAUCGUACCUUUGGUAUUGACGGUUCUUUUGAUUGCUCUUUUGGUCUAUGUCGAAACCAAGGUAGCGGAACCUUUAAUGCCUCCCCGCUUGUUUAAGAAUCGCUCUGUUGCUGCUGUCUUGGCUACCAACUGGUUCUUUGGUAUGACUUUUUUCAGUAUGGUUUAUUAUCUUCCUAUUUAUUUCCAAGUUAUUCGCGGAGAUUCUGCCAUGUGGUCUGGUAUUCGUUUAAUUCCAAUGGAAAUGAUGAUUGCAGUGUUUUCUACCUUUUCAGGUAUUUUUAUUUCCAAGAAGGGUAUCUUCAAACCUUUACCCCCCAUUGGUAUGGGACUCUUAACAAUUUGUGUGGGAUUACUCUCAUUAUUUGGCAAGGAUACUCCUCAUUCCAAGGUGUACGGAUACACUGUUAUUGGAGGCAUGGGUAUGGGCUGUAUGUUCUCAUCAGCCAUCAUUGCACUUCAGGCUUCUGCCGAGCCAAGAGAUAUUGCAGUUGUUACUGGUCUUGGUAAUUUCACACGUAUUCUCGGUGGUGCAUUGGGUGUAGCCAUCUCUUCUGCCAUUUUGAAUUCUUCUUUGGCAAAAGAUUUACCUUUACAUGUACCUGCCGAUAUUGUUCAAAAGGUGCUGGCCUCUUCCGAAUUUGUUCGACAUGGAUGUCCUCCAGAAUAUUUUGAAAUCGUGCUUACUAGCUAUCUCGAUGCACUUCAAAUGAUUUGGUAUGUUAUGGCAGCCAUGUGUGGAGUUGGGUUCUUUUGUUCGUUAUUGUUGAAAGGCACUAAUGUGUCUGAUCAACCCACAGAUGUUACUGCAGACUCUGAAGCUGACAUUAACGAGGGUGCUGUUGCUGUCAAUAUUGGAUCAGACAUCAAUAAGCAAGUCUAACUUUUCAUCGUAUAUUCAUCAUAUAUUAUUAUACAUUCAUCUCCCUUUUUACAUCUUAUAUAAUUUCCCUUCUCGUCAUUGCCCCAUAAUAUUAGACUC